AUCGUUAAAAGAAAGAAUUCAAGAUGGAGGAUUUGAAUUAAUAACUUGUCAGAAAGGCGUGUGAAAUUUUUAGCUUCUUUUAAUGUGUUGGUGUCUGUGACCCUGUGAAUUUAAAAUAUUGAAUAAAAUAACUAAUACUUUUAAGUUUCAAUGUUUAGUAACAAGUCUCAACUUAGGAAACGUACCCCUGAAAAUGGGACAGAUCGAGAAACCUUUCUGUCGCUUUUAGUGGAUGAAUAUUUACAUUCCACUGCGUAUGAUGCUAAAUGCCAAGUGUUAGCUAAUUUGGCUAAUUUUGCAUACGACCCGAUUAAUUAUAAAUAUAUCAGAGACGUUGGAGUCUUGGAUAUUUUCCUUCAUGUCAUUAAGAAUGAGAGCAGCCUCCAAUUGCUUCAUUUUGCUGUAGCAGGGAUCUGCAAUUUAUGCUGUGAUCCACUGAAUGCUGAAUAUAUCAUAACACAGUCUGGACUGAAGCCGCUCACUGCUCUACUCAGCUUGAACCACAAUGAUAUCAUAGCUGACACAAUCACAACUUUGAUGUAUCUUCACAAUAACCAAACAGAGCCUGAAAUCACAGCAUCAAAGGUGGUGCAGCAGAUUCAAGAUAUACAGAAAUCCAACGAUAAAAGAUUAGUUAACCUAGCCACUAUAUACCUACAAGAUGUAUGCAAAGCAAAUGAGAAUUUAUAAAUAAAAGUAAUUUUACCAAAAAUGAACAAGAUGUUGUCAAACAGAUUCCCCUAUAUUGUCGUGAACAACAAGAACUAUCAGAAGAUAUGCAAAAUUCACACAACUUCAUUUAGUAAUACAGCUUUCAAAGCUGGUGAUAAGAUUCGCAUACAAAAGACUUUGACUCAAAAAGAUUUGGAUGCAUUCUCCAAUCUUACUAGUGACCAUAACUAUUUGCAUCAGAAUAAUGGCAACAAGAGGCCCAUAGUGCAUGGAGCACUUCUCAAUGGUUUAGUGGCCGGACUGAUUGGCACCCACUUGCCUGGCCCUGGCACAGUGCUUGUGUCACAAACUAUGAAGUUCCCUAAUAAGUGCUUUGUUGGUGAGAAGUUGACUAUAAGUGUAGAACUUGUUGAUGUGAGGAAGAUUCUCAAAGUAAAGUUUUAUUGCAUUGUCGAAGAAGAAAAGAAGGUUGUGUUUGAAGGUGAGGCUAAACUCAUGUUAGCCAAAGACUGUUAGACAUAUAUAAGAUAACUCGUAAUAAUAACUUAUUUCAUAGAUUUAAGUAUUUAACAUUAAGAAAAAUUAUGUAAUGCCACAGAGCAUUAAAAUUUAUAAAUCUCUGAAAAUUAUUACUUAAGAAAAAGUCUAUUGGGAAAGUCUUAAAUUUUAUGAUAGUCUGUCUAUGUGCCAAUAAAUUCAUGAAAUCAAAUACCUAAUAUAAACUGAAAAGUACAAUUAUUUAGUUUUAAUUAGAUAACUCAGUACCUACAAGGUAGUUUAAUAUUUAGUGAGUGAACACCAAGCAUGCUGCAGCUGUAUCAUGAAAUCUGUCCAUUUAAUGUCCAUAAUUAUACAAAUUUCAUAGUCUAUAAUUAAUUAAGACUGAUAGUAACUAGAUCAUGAGUUGUUCACUACAAAAAGAUGUGGAUUGAUACAUCUCAUGUGCAAUUUUAUUGUGGACAACUUUGUAAUGCACUCAUGAAAAUUGUAUUAUUGCUGGUAAACAUGUAUUUACAUGACAACAGUUAACACAUGUAUUAAUCACAUUAUUUAUAAUGAAAUUUCAGAAACAAAAAGAGAAUGUCAAUGUAAUUUCUUGCCUGUAUCUGGUGUCUAUGAAAUCAUACGCACAAUAUAUGUUUUAAUUCGUUAUUGACUUACAAUUUUAUUUAACAUUGUUCUUUAAAUACACAUUUUGUAUGCAGUUUGAUUUGUAUGUAUAACUUUCAAUUCAUGUGGCUAAAAUGCUUGACAUAUAUAAUAUUAUAUUUAAGUCCAGAUCUUUUAUUGACUACAUGUACUUCAUAACGAUUUAAAAGGAGAUUUGUAGAUACUGCCAUUUUAUCACAAUAUGUACUAUCAUACUCUACUUGACUUCUGCGCUGACUUGUGAUAGUAUUUGUGUAUGUUUUUUUAUAACUUUUGUAUGACAGCUAAUAAAUGGACAUUAACUUUCUGGUUUGAUGAUAAUGUAUUUGUUUCUAUGUAUAAAAGGAAAAAAAACAACUUUUCUAGAAAGUAUAACAUAAGAUAGCAAUUACUUAAUAGUAACUAUAAGUGACUGUUCCUCCUUUCAUUACUUUUUUACUGCUGGUAAGUAAGAUCCUAGUGAAACAUCAGUUUGUUUUUCUGUUAAUUGGUUAUUUUAGUUUGUAUCACCAUCACAUGAAAUGUGAUCAUGUCUACUUUAUAUUUUUUAUUAUGGUUUAUGUUCAUGUACAUACCUAACUUGUGUAACUAUUUUUUGUUUUACACUUCUUCAUCUGUUACAGACAUGUUUGUUUUUAUUUUAUUAAACUUUAGUCUGUU